UUUAAAAUCUGGAUUAAUGGUGAUUUUAGGUCUCCUUUUACGAGUUAUUAAACCCUAGAUUCCCGAAUAAUGUCACCUUUUUCUCUCUUUUAUCACCUUUAAUAACUGGGGCUUGGAAUUUGUAUCUCGUCUCGUAAUUUUCAGUCCCCUGUAGUUACUUUUUAUGGAAAUUUUACAGAGGCUUGAGCUCUGUAAGGAAGAUUAUAUCAUGGAAUAGUGAGUAAGCUGGUCUCUUAUCUUUUGCCAUUUCUUUUUUGUAUCAAUUAUCAGAUGUGUAUAUUAGAAAAGUGGGUAAUGUGUCUCUUUCGGAUUUAGGGCAUUUUUAUAGGAGCGGGGAAAGGUAGGCCUCGCUUACCUGAAGCUGUCACAGCUCGGACAGCUUGAGCCUGCCAUGCAGCUUAGGUGUCCUUUUCUCUGGUUUAGGUUGAGGCAAAUUCAUUGAGAAAUUGAAUAGUCUGGAUUUUGAGUGUGUAUUUUGCGUGAAUUAGGGCGAAUUGGUUGAGCAAGGGACUCUGCAAAUUUGCUCCGUUUUCUUUUAUUGAGCCAAGCGGGUGGUUUUUGAGGCGUUUUGUUGUGAUUCUGGAACUCAAUUCAAAGAUCAAGGCUUUACAGGGCAAGUGGCUGGUUUUUCGACUUGACCGUGGUGAUUUGUGUUAGAUCUGGCUAGAAAUGGAGAAUUCAAGGUAAUGUGAGGUUUUUCUAAGGGAGACAUUGAAAAGAGAAAGGGCAAAAGGACAAAGUCUGGUGUGAAGGUCUGUCCAUUUAGUUAGAUGCGAGAUCUGUGUAAAUUUUCAGGAUUGUAGCAAAGGGAUCUCUUGAACCCAAUCAUCAAGUGGUCAUUUGGCCAGAAGCUUUCUUCGAAGCUUACAAAUGGAGGCGGGUCGAGAAGGAGAUCCAACUAUGAAACCCUCGAAACAUAUAAGCGGACAGGUCUGCCAGAUAUGUGGUGAUGAUGUCGGUGUGACAGCUGAAGGAGAGCUUUUUGUUGCCUGUGAUGUCUGCUCCUUCCCAGUUUGCAGGCCUUGCUACGAAUAUGAGAGAAAGGAUGGCAAUCAGUCUUGUCCCCAAUGCAAGACCCGAUACAAGAGGCACAAAGGAAGUCCUCGCAUUCCUGGUGAUGAAGGGGAUGAUGAUGAUGUUGGUGAUGUUGCAAGUGAUUACAAUUAUCCAUCUGGUAAUCAGAAUCAGAAGCAGAAGAUUGCAGAGGCUAUGCUGCAUUGGCAAAUGAGCUAUGGAAGAGGGGAGGAUGUUGCGCCUCCGGCCUAUGAUACAAAUGAAACCCCCCUUAAUCAUAUCCCUUUACUUACUAAUGGACAACUGGUCUCUGGAGAGAUUCCAGCAGCUUCGCCAGAUCAUCCCACAAUGGCAUCUCCUGCCAGUGGUGGUGGUGGAGGGAAGCGUGUGCAUCCACUGCCUUAUUCAGAUCUCCACCAACCUGCAAAUAUUAGGGUUGUGGAUCCUGUAAGAGAAUUUGGUUCCCAAGGGUUUGGCAAUGUUGCUUGGAAGGAAAGAGUUGAUAGUUGGAAGAUGAAGCAGGAAAAGAAUGUGGUACAGAUGCCUAAUGGUGGGCAUGCUGCUUCUGAAGGGAAAGGAGGAGGAGAUAUUGAUGCUGCAACUGAUGUGAAUAUGGAGGAUCCUUUAUUGAAUGAUGAAGCCCGUCAGCCACUUUCUCGCAAGGUCUCAAUUUCCUCUUCAAGGAUUAACCCUUAUAGGAUGGUCAUUGUUCUUCGGCUUGUUAUCCUCAGCAUUUUCUUACAUUAUCGUAUCACGAAUCCUGUGAGAAAUGCAUAUGCCCUCUGGUUGAUUUCUGUCAUAUGUGAGAUAUGGUUCGCCAUCUCUUGGAUAUUGGAUCAAUUCCCAAAAUGGUUCCCUGUAAACCGCGAGACUUACCUUGAUAGGCUAGCACUGAGAUAUGACAGAGAAGGAGAGCCAUCUCAGUUGGCUGCUGUUGAUAUAUUUGUUAGUACAGUCGAUCCCUUAAAAGAACCUCCUCUCGUAACAGCAAAUACAGUGUUAUCGAUUCUAGCAGUGGACUAUCCGGUCGACAAGGUAUCUUGCUAUGUCUCUGAUGAUGGUGCUGCUAUGUUGACAUUCGAGGCCCUAUCUGAGACAUCAGAAUUUGCAAGAAAAUGGGUUCCUUUUUGCAAGAAGUACAGCAUUGAGCCUCGAGCCCCUGAAUGGUAUUUUGCUCAGAAGAUUGACUAUUUGAAAGAUAAAGUUCAUCCUUCAUUUGUUAAAGACCGAAGAGCCAUGAAGAGGGAAUAUGAAGAGUUCAAAGUACGCAUUAAUAUGCUUGUUGCAAAGGCACAAAAGGUUCCUGAGGAGGGUUGGAUUAUGCAAGAUGGUACUCCUUGGCCAGGGAACAAUACCAGAGACCAUCCUGGAAUGAUUCAGGUCUUUUUGGGCCAUAGUGGAGGUCUCGACAGUGAUGGCAAUGAGCUUCCUCGGUUAGUUUAUGUGUCUCGUGAGAAGAGGCCAGGUUUCCAGCAUCACAAGAAGGCUGGUGCCAUGAAUGCACUAGUCCGCGUAUCGGCAGUUCUUACCAAUGGUUCCUACUUGCUCAAUCUUGAUUGUGAUCACUACAUAAAUAACAGCAAGGCAUUGCGUGAGGCUAUGUGUUUCCUGAUGGAUCCAAAUCUUGGAAGAUCAGUUUGUUAUGUCCAGUUCCCUCAAAGAUUUGAUGGUAUUGAUUUGAACGAUCGAUAUGCUAACCGAAAUACUGUGUUCUUUGACAUCAACUUGAGAGGUUUGGAUGGUAUCCAAGGACCUGUUUAUGUGGGUACCGGAUGUGUUUUCAACAGAACUGCUUUAUAUGGUUAUGAGCCUCCUCUUAAGAACAAACACAGCAAACCAAACCUUCUAUCGAGAUGCUGUGGUGGAUCGCGUACGAAGGGUUCCAAAUCAAGUAAAAAGCACUCUGACAAGAAGAAAUCGAACAAGCAGGUGGACACCACUGUUCCAAUAUUUAGUCUUGAAGACAUAGAGGAGGGGGUUGAAGGUGCUGGAUUUGAUGAUGAGAAAUCACUCCUUAUGUCUCAAAUGAGCUUGGAGAAAAGAUUUGGCCAAUCAACUGUUUUUGUUGCAUCCACCCUUAUGGAACAUGGUGGUGUCCCUCAGUCUGCAACCCCUGAGUCACUCCUCAAAGAGGCCAUCCAUGUUAUCAGCUGCGGAUACGAGGACAAGACAGAUUGGGGAAGUGAGAUUGGAUGGAUUUAUGGCUCAGUUACAGAAGAUAUCCUUACAGGAUUUAAAAUGCAUGCUCGUGGAUGGAGGUCAAUCUAUUGUAUGCCUCAUCCCCCUGCCUUCAAGGGUUCGGCCCCCAUUAACCUUUCAGAUCGUCUAAAUCAGGUGUUGCGUUGGGCUUUGGGUUCAGUUGAAAUCUUUCUCAGUCGCCAUUGCCCUAUAUGGUAUGGCUAUAGUGGGAGGCUGAAAUGGCUUGAGAGGUUUGCAUACGUCAGCACCACCAUCUACCCUAUCACCUCCAUUCCUUUGCUCAUGUAUUGUACCUUGCCGGCUGUCUGUCUCCUCACCGGGAAGUUUAUCAUUCCACAGAUCAGUAACAUCGCUAGUAUCUGGUUCAUCUCUCUCUUCCUUUCCAUCUUUGCCACUGGUAUACUCGAGAUGCGAUGGAGUGGCGUUGGCAUCGAUGAGUGGUGGAGAAAUGAACAAUUCUGGGUCAUUGGUGGUGUUUCUGCUCAUCUCUUUGCUGUCUUCCAAGGUCUUCUUAAAGUCUUAGCAGGCAUUGAUACCAACUUCACUGUGACCUCAAAGGCCACUGAUGAAGAUGGAGACUUUGCCGAGCUCUACAUGUUCAAAUGGACCACUCUCCUCAUACCGCCAACCACUCUCCUCAUUAUCAACCUUGUUGGUGUGGUGGCUGGAAUCUCUUAUGCUAUCAAUAGUGGAUACCAAUCAUGGGGUCCAUUGUUCGGGAAGCUUUUUUUCGCUUUUUGGGUGAUUGUCCAUUUGUACCCAUUCCUCAAAGGUCUCAUGGGAAGGCAGAACCGGACCCCAACAAUUGUCGUGGUUUGGUCUGUAUUGCUUGCCUCCAUUUUCUCUCUCCUCUGGGUUAGGAUUGAUCCCUUCACCACCAGAGUCACUGGCCCCGACGUCCAGCAGUGUGGCAUCAACUGUUGA